AAUGGAUUCUCUACAAGAGGAAAAAGAAGAUUUAAGCUUUAGGAAACAAGAUAAGAUUCUACCAUUCAUGGUGGAUAGUCAAUCUGAGAUAUCUAGUGUUGUACAAAGACCAGCCUCUCCAGAGAAGAAACUGUUUGAAAUGGAAGACAAGAAGGCCAGCGAAUAUAAAUUCCCAGCUCAAAGCGAUUCAGACCUCCAAUCAAUGGACCUUCAUGGAGAAGGAAAGAAUGAGAUUAAAAAGAAAAAGAAGAAAAACCUGCUGAGAAAGAUCCUCAGAAAGAAAUACGCUGAGGAUAGGCAAUCUGAACAGAGUAUACAGAAGAAAAAGAUUGAGAGGAAGUUAACUCCUCAUGCAAGCAAGAAAUUACCGAAAGAAGAGGAGAAAGAAUCUACAUUACAGCACAAGAAGACUAAUCCUAAUAUAAGCUUGAAUACUGAGCAUCAUUCAGAAAUAAAUCUGUGCGGUGAUAGGAUUAAGACAAAGGAGGAUAAACUUUUAAAGAGAGAAGACCUAAGACCCUUGACUCAGCCAGUUUACACGGGGGUCCUGAGUGGGAAAUUGCCCAUCUUCAAAUCCUUUUGUGAUACCAAUCUGCUUAUUGAUUUCUUUAGGACAAAGCAUUUUUAUUUCUCCAGACAUUUACGCUGGUCUUUGAUCUUUUUCACAAUUUUUCUGUCUAUUUUACAAGUGAUAUGCUACAUCUCGAUUUUGUACCAGGACAUUGAGUUUGCAGCUCCUAGGGAUGUAAUCCAGUUUGCUUUCAAGAAGAUCUGGAUUUCUAUACUAGUCUCAUUAGGAACCCAGCUAAUCAUAUUUGCCACAUGUUACUUGUUAAGAAGAAACGAGGAUAUUUUUACAGAAAGAUGAUUUAUGGAUAAUUAUGAAGAGUUUAAGAAAAAUUUGAAGAAGGUGAAGAAAAUCAGGUUUGGUAUCUUUUAUGGGGUGUUUGGUGUGCUGGUUUGUAGUCUGUAUGGCUAUGCUAUAUACUUCAGCCUUGUGAGUUCCAACGAUGUGGCUCUACUGUGGGUCAUGAUUAGCUGAUUCUGAUUUAUUUGGGAUUUUUGUAUAAUUGACUUCCUUCUGAUAUUGUGUCAACUCUGGAUCCAUGGAGUCAGUAUCAAGUAUGAGAAAAAGAUUAACAAACUCAGAUUCCUCAAAGUGGCUAAAGAGGCAGAAAGUUCAAAUUAAAACUUUCAAUAUUGCAGUUUAAAAUAG